AUGGCAAGUCCUGCCGAAGGUAUCGGUGGGCUCGAGUAUCUGCCAAGAUACGCUGCCUCGGACAGGCGCCAAUCAUCUGGUUCAUCCCAAGCACCAGACGAGUACGAGAAAAUCGUUGCUGGGUUGAAGGCCAGCCAGCAAAGCCUCCCGCGCUCCCUGCCUGCGACUCGCGACAUCACCGCGCGCCCUCGCCCUCUGUCGCCUGUCCCCCCUCCGUCCAUCGGGACCACCAAGGCGUCGACCCCAUUCAUUUCCUCGAUAGCGGUUCACGAUACGCAUACCGACCACGGCGCCUUCCUGCUCACAGCGCCUGCCCGAAAGGCCAAACUGUGCGCGACGCGGCUUCGGUACCAAGCUUACGCGCGCAACGCUGCGUCUGCCAACCGCUACCGCGGUCUUGACUUCAGAAAGACGACACCGACUCCUCCAUCAGACGCCAAGAUGGAUGAGUACGCCAACGACUACGAGUACGAUGCCGAGUACGAUGCCGAGGGAGAGGAGGGUAUCACCCCGGAGGAUUGCUGGACCGUCAUCUCCUCCUACUUCGACACCAAGGGCUUGGUGUCGCAACAGAUCGAUUCGUUCAACGACUUCCAGGAGACCACCGUCCAGGAGCUGAUCGACGAGUACUCCCACAUCAGCCUCGACCAGAACAACCCCCCCGAUUCCACACCAGAGCACCCCAUCGCCCUCAGGAGAUAUGAGCUGAAGCUGGGUCACAUCGCCGUCUCGAGGCCCGUCAUCACCGAGGGCGAGGGUACCAUGGCCCCGCUGCUUCCCUACGAGUGCCGCGACCGAAACCUUACAUACUCGGCACCUCUGUACGUCAAGAUCACCCAGAAGCGAUCUGUCUGCGUGGAGGAGCCCAUCCCCCUGCACGAGAUGGACGAUGAACAGCAGAACGAGUAUGCUCGCACACAGGAGCAGCCUACGCGCCUCGUCUGGGAAGAGGAGGAAGUCCCCAUUCCCGCGACUUCCAAGGACAGCAACACCAAGGACAAGGACCCCGACAUGGUUUUUAUCGGCAAGCUACCCGUCAUGGUCAAGUCCAAGGCCUGCCACCUGGCCCACGAGACUGAGGACGACCUGUUCUUGCUCAACGAGUGCCCUUACGACCAGGGUGGCUACUUCAUCAUCAACGGAAGUGAGAAGGUGCUUAUCGCCCAAGAGCGCUCCGCUGCCAACAUCGUCCAGGUCUUCAAGAAGGCCCAACCCAGCCCCUUCACCUACAUGGCUGAGAUUCGAAGUGCGCUGGAGAAGGGCUCCCGCCUCAUCUCAUCACUGGCCAUCAAGCUCUUCUCCAAGGGAAGCGCCGGCAUCCAGGGCCAGACAAUUGCCUGUACACUGCCCUAUGUCCAGUCCGAUGUCCCCAUCGUCAUCGCAUUCCGUGCCCUCGGUGUUGUCUCGGACGAAGACGUCUUGAACCAAAUCUGCUACGACCGCAACGACAGCCAGAUGCUCGAGAUGCUGCGGCCCUGCAUUGAAGAAGCCUUCUGUAUCCAGGAUCGCGAGGUUGCACUGGACUUUAUUGGCAAGCGCGGUAACCAGACUUCGGGCUUUACCAGAGACCGUCGUAUCCGCGCCGCCAAGGACAUCCUGCAGAAGGAGAUGCUCCCUCACAUUUCCCAGAGCGAGGGUUGUGAGACGAGAAAGGCUUUCUUCUUGGGCUACAUGGUUCACAAGCUCCUCCAGUGCUCUCUCGGACGACGCGACACCGACGACCGUGAUCAUUUUGGCAAGAAGCGGUUGGAUCUGGCUGGUCCCCUGUUGGCCAAGCUCUUCCGUAAUAUUGUGCGGAAGCUGACCAAUGAGAUUACCAUGACCUUGAAGCGCUGUGUCGAGCAGAACAAGGACUUCCAGGUUCAGUUCGGUAUCAAGUCCGGUAUUGUAACCAACGGCCUAAAGUACUCGCUCGCUACCGGCAACUGGGGUGACCAGAAGAAGGCAAUGAGCUCGACCGCUGGUGUCUCCCAGGUGCUGAACCGAUACACCUUUGCCUCCACACUGUCCCAUUUGCGACGCACAAACACGCCUAUCGGGCGUGAUGGAAAGCUCGCCAAGCCCAGACAAUUGCACAACACCCACUGGGGUCUGGUUUGUCCGGCUGAAACGCCCGAGGGUCAGGCUUGUGGUCUGGUCAAGAAUCUGUCUUUAAUGUGCUCCAUCAGCGUGGGAACGUCUACCGAACCCAUCAUCGACUACAUGAUUACCAGAAACAUGGAGGUGUUAGAAGAGUACGAUGCCGUUCGUUAUCCCAACGCCACCAAGAUCUUCCUCAACGGAUCCUGGAUCGGUGUGCACCAAGACCCAAAGGCCCUUGUCAAGGAUGUCCAGCAGCUGCGCCGUAGCGCCCAAAUUCCUGCAGAGGUUUCUUUGGUCCGUGACAUUCGUGAUCGAGAGUUCAAGAUCUUUUCCGAUGCCGGCCGUGUCAUGCGGCCUCUAUUCGUUGUUGAACAAGAAGAUGACCCGGACCGUGGUUUGGAGAAUGGCACAUUGGCUCUGACCAAGGACAUGGUCAGAAAACUGGAGAGGGACAGCACGCUGCCAGCGGAUAGCGACGAGUUCUUUGGUUGGCAGAGCCUUGUCUCUCAGGGAGUUGUCGAAUACUUGGAUGCCGAGGAAGAAGAGACCGCCAUGAUCUGCAUGACGCCUGAAGAUCUCGAGACCUACAGAAUGGCAAAGGCGGGCCACGAUGUCACCCAGGAUAUGGGUGACGACCUCAACCAACGUGUCAAAACCAAGUUGAAUCCUACGACGCAUAUGUACACGCAUUGCGAAAUUCAUCCUAGCAUGCUUCUAGGUAUUUGUGCCAGUAUCAUUCCGUUCCCAGAUCACAACCAGUCUCCCCGUAACACUUACCAAUCCGCUAUGGGUAAACAGGCCAUGGGCUUCUUCCUCACCAACUAUACACGACGCAUGGAUACCAUGGCCAACAUCCUCUACUACCCUCAGAAGCCCCUCGGAACGACUCGCUCUAUGGAGUUUUUGAAGUUCCGUGAGCUGCCUGCUGGUCAGAACGCCAUUGUAGCCAUUGCGUGCUAUUCUGGUUACAACCAAGAAGAUUCCGUCAUCAUGAACCAGAGCAGUAUCGAUCGAGGCUUGUUCCGAAGUUUGUUUUUCCGAUCCUACAGCGACUGUGAAAAGCGCGUCGGAAUCAACACUAUAGAGCAGUUUGAGAAGCCUUUCCGGUCCGAUACUUUGCGCAUGAAGCACGGUACUUAUGAUAAGCUGGACGAUGAUGGUAUCGUUGCCCCAGGUGUCCGAGUCAACGGUGAAGACAUCAUUAUUGGCAAGACGUCUCCCAUAAACCCAGACAAUGAGGAGUUCGGCGUAAGGACCAAGGCUCACCAGAAGCGUGACGCUUCCACGCCCCUCCGAAGCACAGAGAGCGGCAUCGUGGAUCAGGUCAUCAUGACGACGAAUGCCGACGGCCUGCGCUACGUCAAGGUCAGGGUGCGAACCACCAAGAUCCCACAGAUUGGUGACAAGUUCGCUUCUCGUCACGGUCAGAAGGGUACCAUUGGUGUUACCUACCGCCAAGAAGACAUGCCGUUCAGCCGUGAAGGCAUUGUGCCCGACAUCAUUAUUAACCCCCACGCCAUCCCGUCUCGAAUGACCAUUGCUCAUUUGAUUGAAUGCUUGCUGAGCAAAGUUUCAACGCUCAAGGGUAUGGAGGGUGAUGCAACGCCGUUCACCGACGUAACGGUGGACUCGGUUUCUUCUCUACUGCGUGAACACGGCUACCAGUCGCGCGGGUUUGAGAUCAUGUACCACGGCCACACUGGCCGUAAGCUGCGAUCGCAGGUUUUCUUCGGUCCUACAUACUACCAGCGUCUGCGUCACAUGGUGGACGACAAGAUCCAUGCCAGAGCUCGCGGUCCUGUUCAGAUCAUGACUCGUCAACCCGUGGAGGGUCGUGCUAGAGAUGGCGGUCUUCGGUUCGGAGAGAUGGAGCGUGAUUGUAUGAUUGCGCACGGUGCCGCGGCCUUCUUGAAGGAGCGUCUCUUCGAAGUCUCUGAUGCGUUCAGAGUUCACAUUUGUGAAAUUUGUGGGCUCAUGACUCCUAUCGCGAACAUGACCAAUCACACUUUCGAAUGUAGACCAUGCAAGAACAAGACCAAGAUCGCCCAAAUCCACAUCCCGUAUGCCGCCAAGCUUCUGUUCCAGGAGCUUCAAGCUAUGAACAUCGCUAGUCGCAUGUUUACCGAUCGCUCUGGCGCGUCUGUGCGAUAA